AUGGCCGUAGCUGAACCCAAGCCUCACUCCGAACCUAAGGUCUGGAAUUUCUUCAAACUUCCUUUUCGCCAUUCCAGUGCAAAUUCUUCCACCGGAACGACGUCGUCUUCUCCUAACCUUCAUCAUCCUCAUCAUCAACAUCACCAUAACCCUAACAGUAACGCGCACAAUCCUCCUCCUGUUGAAGGUUCCACUUCUCAAUCUUCCAAUUCUGUUUCUUCCGUUGCCAGAUCGCUUCUCCCAACACGACGUCGUCUCAAGCUUGAUCCUUCCAACAAGCUUUACUUCCCUUAUGAGCCAGGAAGACAAGUUAGGAGUGCUGUCAGGAUUAAAAACACGAGUAAAUCUAAUGUAGCUUUCAAGUUUCAAACAACUGCACCGAAAAGUUGUUUCAUGCGUCCACCUGGGGCUAUCCUUGCACCUGGCGAGAGUAUCAUAGCAACGGUGUUCAAGUUUGUAGAGCAACCAGAAAAUAAUGAAAAGCCCGAAAAAAGUGGACUCAAAUUUAAAAUCAUGAGUUUGAAGGUCAAAGGUUCAAUUGACUACGUCCCUGAGCUGUUUGAUGAGCAGAAGGACCAGGUAGCAGUUGAGCAAAUUCUGCGUGUUGUUUUUCUAGAUCCAGAGCGCCCUAGUCCUAUUUUGGAAAAAUUAAAGCGACAGCUGGCCGAUGCUGAUGCUGCCCUUGAAGCACGGAAGAAACCUGCCGAAGACGUGGGUCCUAAAAUAAUUGGAGAAGGGCUUGUCAUAGACGAAUGGAAAGAGAGGAGGGAAAGAUACCUUGCUAAGCAGCAGGGCGAUGUGGUUGUAGAUUCUGUAUAG